AUGGUGGAACCCUACUCUGACCUAACACAAGACCAAGCUGAGGAUCUCAGGAAGCAGAUUGAGGUGAGGCUCAGGCAACAAAUAAGAGCCAACCUGACACUCCCAGCCAAAACCAGAAAGGACCUGAAACUCCGAGGCAAGGCUCAUUUUGCGGAUGGCGUCCUCAAAACCUGGUGCGAGGAUGACUUCACCAGAGCCUGGCUAGAACAGACCGUCCAAACCAUGGCCUCUCCAGUGGAAGACUCGAGCCUAGUCGUUCGACCACAAUCGGCCAUCCCGAAGAAGGUGCCGUGCCUGCUCUUCGUUCCAGGGGAAACCGGGGACACCACAGAACUGCGGGAACUUCUUUCGGGACAGAACAGUAACCUGAACAUGAACUCCUGGACCCUGACACACGAGAGGAUCAGGACAGACCCACCAGGGACUUGUCUGUUCUUCCGUAUUCCUGAGACUGAUGUCGACGUGUUAAGGGCCCAGGAAAGAAGGAUUUACUACAUGAUGGGAAACAUCUACGUUCGCUUCAUGGACAAAGAUGGUUCCCAUCAAACAAAAACAAACACCAAACAGUCGGAAGUUACGAAAGUUGCUGAGCAGCAAACGGAUCCUAAACCGACAACGUCGACAGAGGCUCCCGUAACUACGACAGAACAAGUAGUAACUCCGACUGCGAUGGAAGUGCAGGAUCCACCUUCUCCGGAUUUCAUCCUGGAUGAAGAGUGCUUUCCGGCGGAGGGGGGAGAGAGCGAAGCUAGCGAUAGCGUCCUCUACUCCUCCCCCCUACGGGAAGACUAAGAUCCUGCAGUGCAACCUCCAGCACAGCCAAACUGCGACGGCUUCUCUUCGCAGAGUGCUGGAGAACAACGCAGAGACCAUAGCCCUGAUCCAAGAGCCGUGGAUCAGGAAGAACAAAAUUUGUGGUCUCGGAAAUAGCGGAGGAAAAGUGAUACUGGAUACCUCCGGAUUUAACACCAGUAAGAAUUACCAGUGCAGCACACCUCCC